GUUUAAAGCUGGAAGAUCUCUUUGUCAAAUAGGUUUAUCUAUACCUUAAAUAAAUUGAAAUCAGCUGGAGAUCUGAAAACUGCUGUCACAUUACACUCCAUGUACGUGGGCAGUGGGGAUACCUCUGCUUCAGGAUACUUGGCAUGAAAAUGGCUAAUAACACAGGAGUAAAGGACUUCUACUUCACUGAACUGUCUGAUCUCCCUGCAGUACACAUAUCUCUAUUUGUGGUGAUUCUGCUGGCCUACUUGACCACUCUAGCAGGAAAUGGGGCAAUUCUUAUAGCAACAGCGACAGAUGCCCACCUCCAGACUCCUAUGUAUUUCUUUCUGUGCAAUUUAUCUUUAUUGGAUAUCCUUUGUCCAACUGUCACUGUGCCAAAAAUGCUCCAGACCUUCUUGUUAGAAGACAAGAGAAUAUCGUUAGUUGGCUGCAUGCUGCAACUCUUCUUCCUGAUUUAUGUAGUGGGCACUGAAAUUUUUUUGCUUGCACUGAUGGCUUAUGACCGCUAUGUGGCGAUAUGCACCCCCCUACACUACACCAAUAUUAUGAGCAAGCGACUAUGUGCUCAAUUGGCAGCUGGGACCUGGCUAACUGGCUUCACAAAUUCUAUGGUUCAUACUUCAUUGACCUUUACAUUAUCUUUCUGUGGGCCCAAUAAAGUUAAUCAAUAUUACUGUGAUAUCUCUCCCAUUAGGGCUCUUUCUUGCUCUUCCACAUUUGUCCCUGAGCUUGUCCUCCUCCUUGUGGCUGGUGUUUUAGGGGGUGGUGCUUUUCUAGUUACCCUGAUCUCUUAUAUUUAUAUAGUUUCAGCUAUCUUACGGAUGCGCUCUGCUGAGGGCAGGCGAAAAGCAUUUUCCACUUGUGGCUCCCACUUGGCCGUCGUUUGCCUCUUCUAUGGGACAACUAUUGCAACCUACGUCCGGCCCACUUCCACUUACUCACCCAAGAAAGACAGAAUUGUUUCAAUGUUGUAUGGGAUUCUUACUCCCAUGAUAAACCCAAUGAUCUACAGCCUGAGGAAUAAGGAAGUUAAAAAGGCUUUGGUCAAAUCAGUUUGGGUUCCCUUCCACUCGAAUGUUAUCAGAAGAUGAUACAUAUUUUUUGCAGCUUUUUGGUAAAUUCUUUUCUGGCUCUUUGUAUUGGAAAAUUUGUAUCAAUCUGUCCAGUUUUAAUAACAACCACUUUCUUAAACAGGUAGACAUAAACACGACCCUCCCUCUUCUUGGAUGAAAAAAGUCAAUCACUUCUGUAGGAUAAUUUGAGCCUUUGCUCCAUUGGGAGAAAAUAGGGAAAAGAGGAAAUUUUAUUUUGCCUCAGACGGUAGACUACUUGGGCCUGUCCUACCAUCAGGCUGAUAAGGUUGCGUCUCUCCAUCCCCGUUCACUGAUAUGAUUAUUUCACAAUGGCAACCAUGAUGGAAGAUGACAAUCAUUGAGGUCAUUGAGCAACUUUACUAUUUUUCUUUUUGUUUUCAGUGCUGAUUUGGAAACCAGACUGGGGAGAUUUGCUGUAAAGCACUUGCUUGUGUAUUCAUUUUAAUACUAAGAUUGUUCAAAUUUUAAACCUUGAAAUGUUAUAAUAUAAUGUAUUCUCUCUUGAAGACUGUUGUAGAAUAAAUAUAUAGGAACAUGAA